AUGCCAGACACAGCACCACGGCGCGUCAUCGCCGAGAAAUCACGCACCGUGCGACGCCGCUACCAACGCAGCAACAAGGUAUUCCAAUUCACGCCGGAGCAGCUACAGCGUAUAGAACGGGAGCAGGAGCGUGAGCGACGCGCGAAGCAGCUGCGCGAGCGGGAGAAGAAGCGGAUUGCAAAUAAGAAGAAAAAGAGCGAGCAGGAAGCCCGCGCAAGAGAGGAGCGCAAGAAGCAAGGGUUGUCGGAUCCAGGUGUCGCGAAUGUGACUUCUAGUCAGCCUUCGUUGGCGAGGUUUUUGGGGAUGAAGCCGCCGCCGCCGCCGCCGCCGCUGCCGCAGGCAAGGCGAGAUGGCGAGGGGAGUGAGAUGGCUAGUGCUACAGAUACUACGGAGAAGAAAGAGGAGGAGGAUAAGAGUGAAAGUGGUGGGGAUACGGAGGUUGAUUCGGAUGCAUUUGGCGAUUGGGAUGAGGAGAUUGGGCCUGCGCUGUGUGCCAUCCAAGAUGCGGGCGUCUUGGAGAAUGCAGAUGCGGAUUUGGAGAAAGAGAAAGAGAAAGAGAAUCAUGCCCCGGCCAAGGACGAUGACGAGUUCUCCGAGUGCUCAGCCUUCUACGAUGAGGAGAUCAUUAAAGAAGCCGAUGCCGCAGCCACUGCCACUGGACCGACUACAGACGACCGACCUGCUACCCAUUCUACAAUCAAUCCAUCUACUGCACCACAACCCCCACCGGCAGCAGCAGCGGUAAUCGCAUCCUUCGGAGACUCGUUUCGAGACGAAACGGCCGAUUUCCUAGAAGAAGUCUUCUCACGCGGCGGCGCAGACCCAUUUCACGAAUUGAUCCAGUUGGAUACGAGAACAUGA